AUGGCCUACCAACGCCUUUCGAUAUUGCUGAUAGCACUGCUUCUGCCGCGAUGCCUCGCCAGCGACGUUCCUUCACCCGCCAAUUUUGAAAGACGAGUGAAUGUCAGAGUUGGUGUAAUAAAUAGCCAGCUAUAUCUGGAAGGCGGAAUCAUCUCCGAGAAAGGCACCAGCGGAGCAUGGCCAGUCAACAACACGCUUUCGCUCGAUCUAUCCACCUCUUGGCUUCCCCAGGACGCAUCUUUCCGGAGCACCGACAAGAGCUCGAAUAACAUCCCAUCCCUAUGGGGCAACGCCAUGUUCGUCGAUAAUGCUGCCGGGGCAUUCUAUAUAUGGGGAGGGCGGUAUUUCUUCCUCAGCGACCCUCCGCCCCUAAAGCUUUGGAAGUUCACCGCCAACAAAAAUGGAGGAGGUGAGUGGGCUACCGAGGAGGCAGAUCCCUCUUUCAAUACAAUUAUACGCUCAGAAGCUGGUGCGCAUACCAGCUCCAAAGAUGCAGGCUUCUGGUUUGGGGGCCAGGCCACACCGGAGACUCACGACGGCCUUUCAAAGCUCAAUGUUCCUGGCUUUGUGUCCUUCAACUUUACCACGAAGAGAUGGGCAAACCACACGGAUGCCCCCUUUUCUUCCAAGGGGACGCUUGCAUAUGCCACUGCGACAUACCUCCCCGGAGUAGGCCCUAAUGGUAUUAUAAUGCUCUUGGGCGGCCAAGGCCAGUCGGUGCCGCAAGGAAGCGAGCCGAUCUCGUUUGAGACUGUACAUUUCCUCGACCCCGUCACUCUGAAGUGGUUCAAGCAGAAUACGACAGGACAGGCCCCCACGGCGCGUGUCGGUCACUGCGCAGUCGGGGUCACCGGAACUAACUCAUCUGAAAUUUUCGUUCACGGGGGUGAAAGCGAAGGAGCUUUACACAACGAUGUCUACAUUUUGUCACUCCCCGGCUUCAAUUGGGUAAAUACAGGAGCAACCAGCCAGCAGACGCGUAUUGAGAUGGGAUGCGUAGCCGCUGGCAAUCGCAAUAUGGUUGUUGUCGGCGGGGCCAAGUUCUCAGGAACCGACACAAGCCCUGAUAUGAAUUCACAAGGACUGGGAAUUUUUGAUAUGACUGCGUUGGAAUGGAAGACAAAAUACACGUCUGACGCUGGUCAAUAUGAGACGCCUGAAAUCAUAACCAAAUGGUAUCAGGAAGGGAACUUGGCCAAGGUGGUAUUUUCAGAGGGAGUUAAAGAUUUGUUUCCCGAGAAAGAAACAGGAAGCAAUAACACCUCACCCGAGACCGGGAGUAAUAACACAUCGCCUGAGCCUGACCAAGACAAGACCAAGUCGCUCUCAGCCGGGGCUAUUGCUGGGGCUGUUGUUGGUGGAGUAGCUGGGAUCGCAGCUAUCGCUGCACUCGUCUUCUUCCUACUUCGAAAGAAGACACACUCAACACUGCCCCAUCACUCCCAAACGGAUUUCUCGCCGGCAUAUACUCACUCGCCACAAUCAUCGACGAUGCUUAAAUACCCCGCCGAGCUGAAUAAUGACGGUGAAAGGUUUGAAUUAUCGGUCCCAAGGCGUUUUGUUGAGCUCCCCAGCCAGCCUUAG